UACGUUUUUUCGUCUCUUCUUCGUUCUAUUUCUUCUCCAUUGUCAUAACUGUUAAAGCUUUCUUCCUUCGCCAUUAAAGCUCACGCACACUGCUCCAAUCAAUCUUCUCUGCAUUUUCUAUUUACAGAGAUUCUUCUCCUACCGCACCGCAUACGUCUACGCCCUACGCUUCUCAAUCCUUCCAUCUGUCGGUCCGCGAAUCUAGAUCGAGGUAGGACGAGACAUCGAGGAGCCUGAAAAUGAGUGACGGCCAGAAGUUCCAGCUCGGGACUAUCGGCGCAUUAAGUUUGUCGGUGGUUUCUUCUGUCUCGAUUGUCAUAUGCAACAAGGCACUUAUUAGCACACUCGGUUUCACGUUCGCCACUACAUUGACAAGCUGGCAUCUGCUUGUUACAUUUUGUUCUCUUCAUGUGGCACUAUUGAUGAAACUGUUUGAACAUAAGCCUUUUGAUGCAAGAGCUGUUAUGGGAUUUGGAAUACUAAAUGGAAUCUCAAUUGGGCUUCUAAAUCUUAGCUUGGGUUUCAACUCUGUUGGCUUCUAUCAGAUGACGAAACUGGCAAUCAUCCCCUGUACUGUUCUUUUGGAGACCGUUUUCUUCCGGAAAAAGUUCAGUAGAAGCAUCCAGUUUUCACUCACGAUCCUCCUCCUGGGUGUUGGAAUUGCAACUGUGACGGAUCUACAACUAAAUGCCCUUGGCUCUUUCUUGUCUCUCCUCGCAGUUCUUACCACAUGUGUUGCACAAAUUAUGACAAACACCAUUCAGAAGAAGUUCAAAGUUUCUUCAACACAACUUCUAUACCAGUCUUGUCCCUAUCAGGCAUUAACUCUGUUCAUCGCUGGCCCAUUUCUGGAUUGGUGUCUGACUGAUCUAAAUGUUUUUGCUUUCAAAUACACUCCCCAAGUGCUGUUCUUUAUUGUUCUCUCCUGCCUUAUUUCUGUCUCAGUCAACUUCAGUACGUUUUUAGUUAUUGGAAAGACUUCUGCAGUUACAUAUCAAGUCCUGGGACAUCUAAAAACAUGUUUAGUUUUGGGCUUUGGCUAUGUUCUACUUCACGAUCCAUUUAGCUGGCGCAACAUUUUGGGAAUUCUGGUUGCCAUAGUUGGAAUGGUUCUAUAUUCUUAUUGUUGCACCCUCGAGAGCCAACAAAAGUCCAAUGAAGUAUCAUCAGCACAACUAUCCCAGGUGAAAGAAAGUGAAUCUGAUCCCCUAAUAAGCAUCGAAAAUGGAACGGCAAUCUUAGGCGACGGCGUGGGCCCUAAAGCUCCGGCGUGGAGUUCAAACAAGGACCUGCAUGCAUAAUAAUGUCGUCGCCCGUCUUUUCAGACGAAUUUUGUUAUAGCCCAAAUCGUUGAAUCAAGAUAUCCCCCCCCCAGCAAUGAAGAGAUUGCUGGCCAGACGGCUUCUCAUGCCGAUUGCUGCUGUUGUGUUGUAUCAAGAGUGCGACGACAUCUAUUAUUGAAGUAUAAAAAUUAGAAGAGAGGUAGAGGAAACUCUUUCUCAUUUAGCAGUUAUAUGAGUAUUGUUAAAGUAAAUGAUUCUGUCAGAUUAUUGACGCAUAUCCAAAUGUUUUUGAAGAUCAGAGAACAUAGACUGUUUUUACGUCUUGAAAAACAAUAUUUUUCAUAAAUUGCAAUUUUGGUGA